UUUGCAAAUCAGGAGUCAAAACAUCGGACCCUCGACCCAUCCUGGUGUCAGUCCUGAAAAUAAAUGUUGGGAUCUGAGUCUGGAUCCACACAACAGCCUCGGGAAGAUCCGUUCAGAAUCGCCAAGUCUGGAGCACACAAGCCUCAAGCUGUUCAAUAUGGGCCAAAGCUGUCUGCAAUGCACGAAAUAUCUGCUGUUCAUUUUCAACCUCAUCUUUUGGCUGGGAGGCUGCGGCUUGCUGGGAGUCGGAGUGUGGCUGGUGGUGACCCAGGGAAACUUCGUCACCCUCUCUUCGUCCUUCCCUUCUCUCACCGCUGCCAACUUCUUCAUCGCUGCGGGCUCUGUCAUCAUGAUCGUGGGCUUCCUGGGCUGCCUGGGAGCAGUGAUCGAAAACCGUUGUCUCCUGCUGAGCUUCUUCGUGGUCCUCCUGAUCAUCUUCCUUCUCGAAAUGAUCAUCGGAAUCUUGUUCCUGUGUAACCAAGAAACUAUAAACCUGUAUGCGAAGGAGGAGCUCAAGAAUGGCCUGCAAUUCUACAACACAUCGGGAAACACUGGACUGACCAAUGGCUGGGACAUCGUGCAGACUGAUUUCCGGUGCUGUGGUGUCGUCCAUUACGAGGACUGGUUCAGUGUCUUAAAUGGAACCAAAGUGCCCACCUCCUGCUGCUUCAAGCUGGUCCAAAACUGUUCAUCUAAUCCGAACACCUGGUGGAAAGAUGCAUGCUAUGAAAAGGUCAUCGAGUGGUUGAAGGACAACGUUGUGGCUGUCUGCAUCUUUGGGCUUUGCAUCCCAGUGCUACAGAUACUUGGACUGAUUUCCUCCUUGGUGAUGUACUGCCAGCUGGUGAAGACUGAGAAGCAAUACAGCUGAAACAAAGUCAUCGUUUUCUCUGAGUCUCCUUGGACUCCCGUCUCUGUGAAUUCAGAGAGUAUUUCUCUGUCCUGUACAUAGGCUGUCAUCAAUAGACAGCUGAAAGAAUGAGUAUCCUGCACAGGGUUAUAAGUCUGCCUGCAGCAUUUUAAAACCAUUAUUAAUAAAAGUAAAAGGUUAUUUGAAUUUUGGAUUCCCUGCCAAAAGGAGAGAGGAAACACAGACGCUAUUGAGUUAUUCGAUCCGUAGACACUGUAAUUAAAUGCUAUAAUGCUGUAACUGCUUCCUAGUGAUGUCACGUGCGGAUUCCUGUUGUGUUCUUUGUCCAAAGCAGCUGCUCAAGAACAUGCACUGUACCAUUUUGUCUGUUAAUGGGAAAGUGCUUUCACUUCAGAAUGUGUAAAAUAAAAAUGUUUUUGUAAAAAUGAA